CGGAGGAUCAGCUGCAGCUGCCGCCCCCCCACCAACACUUGUUGACCACAGUAUUUCCUGGUUCCUGUUCCUGCAGCCGCCGCCGGACCUCGAACUCUCGGACCUGAGCCCCCCUGACCCCCCCGGAGGAGGACCGGUCGGGUCUCAGAGGAACCGGCAAGGGACCGAGGCUUUGUUCCCCCCCCGCCCGUCUGCUGCUGCCGGAGGAACCACCGCAGCUCCGGGAUCAGGGAUCAGGUGCUGCCAUGGUGCGAGGAUGGGGCUCCCCCCGGGUCCUGGUGCUGGUGCUGGUCCUGGUGACCGCCCCGGGCCGAGCCGACCAGGCCAUCCGCUGCCCGGUCUGCUCGGAGGAGCGUCUGGCCGGCUGCCGGCUGCCGGACGGCUGCGAGGAGACGGUGCGCGAGCCGGGCUGCGGCUGCUGCCCCACCUGCGCGCUGCCCAAGGGCGCGCACUGCGGCGUGUACUCGCCGCGCUGCGGCGCCGGCCUGCACUGCUACCCGCCGCGCGGCGUGGAGCGGCCGCUGCACUCGCUCAUGCACGGCCAGGGCGUGUGCACGGACGAGAGGGACGCCGGCGACGACAACGCAGCGACGGAGCGGCAGGAGGAGCCGGUCCCCGAUCAUCCUAACAACAGCAACAUCCGCUGCAGCGCUCAGGACAAACGCUGCAUCCAGAAGAGCCUGGCCCGACACCUGCCCAAGUCCAGCAGUCAGAGGGGAGGGAAGGAGGAGACACGGCUGGCUCUGGCCCCGUGCAGAGCUGAGCUCCAGAGAGCUCUGGAUCGUCUGGCAUCGAACUCCCGAACCCACGACGACCUCUUCACCAUCCCCAUCCCCAACUGUGACCGGAGCGGAGACUUCCACCCCAAACAGUGCCACCCGGCCCGCGACGGCCAGCGGGGGAAGUGCUGGUGCGUGGACCCCAAGACGGGCCUGCGGCUGCCGGGGCCCCUGGAGCUGCGCGGGGACCUGGACUGCCACCAGCUGCUGACCAGCACCACCCUGCGGGACUGAGGGGGGACGGGGGGGGCAGCGGGGCCCCCACGCUGCGGGACUGAGGGGGGGCAGCGGGGCCCCCACCCUGGGGGGGUUCUGGACCCGCUGGACUCUACUGGUGCUUGAACGGCGGGUCCGAGGGGCCGUUGGGCCGAGGACGGCGGCGCCCCAGGAACCUUCUUCUUCUGCUCUGUUGUUGUAGUUGUGAUGUUUGUGCGUCGGCCUGUGGAUCCUUCCCGCCUUUACUUCUUCGGUUUAGCCACGAGAGCUAGCAUCAAUGCUAACGCCACCGCUCUUAUCUCGCCGACCAUAAACCGCCUUCAGACUCAAAGUCUAGUCCGGCACCGGGAGUGGAGCGGCAGUAAAGGCGGGGGUGGAGACGAUAAGCCACCGCUGCCCCCGCCCCCCUUCCCGGGGCGCCAGGGGCACGGACCGGUGCCCAGACCAGGUCGGGGCCCAGACCAGGUCUAGCCUCGGCCCCGCAGACCCGGUUUAUCCGGCAGGACUCCCGAGUGGCGGCAACGCGGAGCCGCAGAGGUGCUAACUGUGCCAAAAAACCCAACGAGAAAAACCAAAAACGAGCCGAGCUCUACAGGCUCUGGCCUGCAGGCCGGCGGACGGAGGAGCACCUAGCUACGGGACGCUUCCUUUUGUACCUUCAGUGUUAUAAACAUGUAAAAACCCCCACGUUUGCUUUGCACUCAAGACGGCUCAGCGUCUCGCCCCCGGCGGUCGCUGCUCUUAGCUUAGCUUAGCUUAGCACAUGCUUCUCUUUCGGUUCCAGACGAACCUGAACCACCUGCUGGUUUUAGCCUUAGCUUAGCUUCAGAACAGCAGCAUACGCCGAUUGUUAUCUGAGUAGAGACUGAAAACAAUCUUGGGGGCAAAACCAUAGACAUUUAUACGUAGACGCCCCAUCGGGCGCUGAGCCGUACGUCAACGUCGCCGCCAUAUUGGAUGUGGCAAGAUUGCGCUGUAAAAAUACAAGUAAAUUGACUU